CCUAUGUAUUUCCCCUGCUGUCUUAUUUAAAACAUAUGCAAAAAUGUAACAAGCAGAGUGAAGCCAAAGCCUAGUCUGUGCAAGAACAUCUACUCUUUUUCCAUUGAUGCAUUCACUUUCACUUGUCUUUCAGUUCUGGUUCAUUGCAUUCUUCUUUGCAUUGAUCUUUAAACCCUACUUUUCAGGGCAAUUUGAAAUAAAUAUCAAACUUGUACAGGUCAAUGAAGGCGCUCCAAGCUGCUCUCUCGUUUCUCACACGUCUGCUGCUUAUCACCGCCAUCUUUGCACGAGACGAGGAAUUUCAGGUCGACGAUCCACCAUUUCAACACGGAAACGAUGCAGAUGCAGGGUUUGUGUGGCUGGGAGCUGUGAGAACAAUUUCUGUCCAGGGAGAUACAUCCUUCUGUGGAAAUAUAUGCAAUGUAUAUCUCAAUCGCACAACGGAAGAUUUAUUUCACACCACGCAUCGCAUUCGGCCCCAAAUUGUAUUCACCGGUCUAAAGCCAGGGCAAUACACAAUUUCUCACAUAUGCAGACCGACGACUGCUAAGUUACACUGUCUUAUAGAGCCUGGGAUAUUGGAUUUUGAGGUGGAUGAUGAAAUUUCAGACUCAUUAUUGGAUGGCAUUGAUCUGGGAACCCUUCAUGCCAGAGUGGAGGAGAUGGCUUCUCCAGGUAGGUCUGACUGGCCUGCAGUUUCGGCAAUAAUAUUUGUACAAGCCAUUGGACUGCUUCUCAUUUCUGAGGCGCUGAAGAGGAAGAUUGCAGAGUCAUUAUAAAGAGACUUCCCCACUACCUUUUUGGAAUACAAGCAAAAUAAAUUUAAGUCUCUGGAAUUUGUAUU